AUGGCUUUGCAGGGGAAGCUCUACCAAGCCCCUUUGCGCGGACCCGUCCGACGCAUCCUCGACCUCGGCACGGGCACGGGGAUCUGGGCCAUCGAGAUCGCAGACGAGAGGCCGCAGGCCCGCGUGCUGGGGAAUGAUCUGAGUCCGAUCCAACCUACCUGCGCAACAUGGUUCGGCUCCAUCGCCGACUGGAACGGUCUCUUCGCCCAGGCGCACCAGCACCUCGUGCCCGGCGGAUCCUACGAGAUCCAAGAGUUCCGGGUGGACUUCCAGUCCCAGGCCCGCGGAGGGCCUACUCUCCCUGAGAGCUCCAGCAUCGCGCGCUGGCAGCAUUCCCUUCAAGAGGCGUCGAGCCGCUUCGGCAAGCCCAUCAACGUCGUGCACACGCUGGCCGACACGCUGCGCCGCAACGCCUUCGUCGACGUCACCGAGGAGGUCGUCAAGAUCCCCAUCGGCGCGUGGGCCCGCGACCUAACGCUCAAGCAAUUGGGGGUGCUCAUGCAGGGCCACGCGAUCGACUCGGUCGAACCCUGA